GUGGCGGGAACUCGGGCUGCUUGCUGACGGCGGCUACCGUAAGGGUUCCCCCCUUUCUGGCGGCUCGUGGCUUCCUGGGCCUGAGAGUCUCCGCUUGGGGAGCGGGGUUAAGACUUCGCGACCACCUCGCCCUUUCCCUGCCGCGGAAACCUCAAGAACGAGCCGGUGGCGUCCUAGCUCUCAAGACGAGCGGCUCAAAGGCCCAGGCGGUGCCCGGGGACACACGCGGGGAGCCGGGGAGAACAGGGUGAAGUAACCAUGCAGGCAUUUCUAAAAGGCACAUCUAUCAGCAGUAAACCACCAUUGACUAAGGAUCGAGGAGUAGCUGCCACUGCCAGAAGUAGUGGAGAGAACAAGAAAGCCAAACCUGUUCCGUGGGUGGAAAAAUAUCGCCCAAAAUAUGUGGAUGAAGUUGCUUUCCAGGAAGAAGUGGUUGCAGUGCUAAAAAAGUCUUUAGAAGGAGCUGAUCUCCCUAAUCUCUUGUUUUAUGGGCCACCUGGAACUGGAAAAACAUCCACUAUUUUGGCAGCAGCUAGGGAACUCUUUGGGCCUGAACUUUUUCGAUUAAGAGUUCUUGAGUUAAAUGCAUCUGAUGAACGUGGAAUACAAGUAGUUAGAGAGAAAGUGAAGAAUUUUGCCCAAUUAACUGUGACAGGAAGCCGUUCAGACGGGAAGCCAUGUCCUCCUUUUAAAAUUGUGAUCCUGGAUGAAGCAGAUUCUAUGACCUCAGCUGCUCAGGCAGCUUUAAGACGUACCAUGGAAAAAGAGUCUAAAACCACCCGAUUCUGUCUCAUCUGUAACUAUGUCAGUCGAAUCAUUGAACCUCUGACCUCUAGAUGUUCUAAAUUCCGCUUCAAACCUCUGUCAGAUAAAGUUCAACAGCAGCGAUUACUAGACAUCGCUGAUAAAGAACAUAUCAAAAUUAGCAAUGAGGGACUAGCUCAUCUUGUUAAAGUGUCAGAAGGAGACUUAAGGAAAGCCAUUACAUUUCUUCAGAGUGCUACUCGAUUAACAGGUGGAAAGGAGGUCACAGAAAAGGUGAUCACAGACAUUGCUGGGGUAAUACCAGCUGAAACAAUUGAUGGAGUAUUUGCUGCAUGUCAGAGUGGCUCUUUUGACAAACUAGAAGCUGUGGUAAAGGACUUAAUAGAUGAGGGUCAUGCAGCAACUCAGCUUGUAAAUCAGCUUCACGACGGGGUUGUAGAAAAUGAUAACCUUUCUGAUAAACAGAAGUCUGUUAUUACAGAAAAACUUGCUGAAGUUGAUAAAUGUUUAGCAGAUGGUGCUGAUGAACAUCUACAGCUGAUCGGCCUCUGCUCAACUGUCAUGCAGCAGUUAACUCAGAAUUGUUAAAACAUUCAGUAUGCACUAUGGAGAACAGUAUGGAGGUUCCUUAAAAAACUACAAAUAGAACUACCAUAUGACCCAGCAAUCCCACUACUGGGCAUAUACCCUGAGAAAACCAUAAUUCAAAAAGAGACAUGUACCAAAAUGUUCAUAGCAGCCCUAUUUACAAUAGCCCGGAGAUGGAAACAACCUAA